AUCAUCUUCAGUCUAACAGAGUAUUUUAGUGCUGCAAGUGAGAAAUAAAAAAGAGCAAGUUGGGUCCAUAUUGUAGGCCCAAUAAAAUAGGCCCAUAAUAAGGUCACACCAACUAAAAUCAAGAAGCGGCGAAUCACGAAAGACGAGCGAUCCAGCAAUGGGGAGAAAGAAGGGGUUGCCGGAGUUCGAAGAGACGGCGCCGGAUGGAUUCGAUCCGGCGAAUCCUUACAAGGAUCCAGUGGCGAUGGUGGAGAUGAGAGAGCACAUAGUUCGGGAGAAGUGGAUCCAGAUCGAGAAGGCGAAGAUCUUGCGUGAGAAGGUCAAAUGGUGUUACCGCGUCGAAGGCGUUAACCAUUACCAGAAAUGCCGUCAUCUCGUCCAGAACUAUCUCGACUCCACUCGCGGCGUCGGUUGGGGAAAAGACCACCGUCCUGUCUCCCUCCACGGUCCCAAGCCUGAGGCCGUUGAAGCUGAAUAAUCUGAGUGAGGCAGGUGACCCAGCUUUUAUUACAAGACAUGGAAUCGUCUUUGGACUGUGCAGAUUUGCUUUCUUUUUUUGAAACAUGUUAGUCUUUGGAUUCAUGCAAAGGGUUUUACAGGCUUGAGUAAUGUAUUUUACUACACUAAACAUCAGUCUCUCGUUAUGAUACCAAAUAAGUACCUUAUUCCUCUGCC